CUGGCGCGUCGCUGCUGCCAGAGCCGCUCUCGCGCAACUUUGCGAGGAAAAAGCUAAUGGAAGACAAUUACUAAUAUCGAUCCGCCUGCCUUUCUUGCACCUAUGUGAUCUGUAGGAGCAUUUGACACGGACGCACAACGAGCGACACAUGAUGAAAAGGAGAGGGAAAGAAGCCUAGACGCUCCACAUGUGCUGACAAAGUUGAUGUUAUCCAGGUGUGCCUCGUUGGAGCAUGCCCAUAUCCCAAGAUGUCCCUAGCCGACUGGCUACUGCGCCACUCCGUGGUCAUGUGUUUGCUGCUGCACAGUCUGGUGCUGAUGACCUUCUGCUUCCACCACGCCGCCACCAGUUGCUCCAAAAACUGCUACUGCUCUGAGAGCGAGAGCGCCGGCAAGACCGUGCGCUGCAGCAAUCUCCAGCUGACGGAGAUCCCGGAGGACAUCCCCAAUGACACCCGCCGUAUAUACCUGGACUUCAACCUUUUGACUUCGGUCCCAGCCAAUGCAUUCGCUGGCUUGCCUCACCUGGUGGAACUGGACCUUUCGCAUAAUGAAAUUGGCCUGCUGGAGUCUGGAGCGUUCAGAGGACUGGGCUCCUCCCUGCAGUUCUUGGACCUUUCGUCAAACAAGCUGGCUCACUUCAAUCCCGAUUCUUUCGAAGGCCUUCGGGCUCGAGCCAACCUGACAAACAAUCCGUGGCAUUGCGAUUGCAACCUACAGAUGGCCAUGCCGAGGGUGGACCUGGAGCCGGUGUCUUUAACGGGUAUUGUGUGCCAGACCUCAGAUCCUAAGGAAAUAGGCGUCCAAGGACUGGCCUUUCUUUUGGCUCCAGACAUUGAUCUGUGCGUGGUGAUGAAGAGGACUACAGAUGUGGCCAUGCUUGUGGUCAUGUUUGGCUGGUUCACCAUGGUCAUCUCCUACCUGGUCUACUAUGUCAGGGCCAAUCAGGAGGACGCCCGGCGACACCUGGAGUACCUGAAGUCCUUGCCAAGCAGACAGGGCAAGUCAGAGGAGUCUUCCACUAUCAGUACUGUUGUGUAACUGAUCCAGUUCUCCCAUUAAGCGAGCUAUGAGGGUUCUGGGCCACAUGCUGGUUUUUCACCGUGAACUACAGACCAGCGGGGUGCAGGAUCCAAAGAUCCAGCCUGUAAUAGCUUUUUUCCAGACGUCUUGGUACAGAUCGUAAAGGGGGAACCGAGAACUUGUUAGGCCAAAUGCAGUGGCGGGUAGAUCAAAUACACACAAACAUUUGGGAUGAGCAGUUUGUCUCCUGCUUCCAUCGAACUGGACAGCUUUGGUGCAAUAGGAAAAUGUGUGUUUGCUUUGGAAGACAUCACCUGAAUGCUUUAGCUGAAGGGCAGAUAGAUCAUCGCGGUUGUCGGACUUAGGAAGUGCUGCCAGUGGAAGCAAGCACCAGGAUCGGGUUUAGCAUUCCAAACUAUGUUUUUUUUUUUUGGUGGAAACACACCAUUCCAGGUUGACAGAGACAGCAUUGCAAGAGGAAGUGAGAAUGACUCCUGUGUUGCCUCUUAUCUCAAAGGGCUGCUGAGCUCAUCUCCGGCUCCUGUGUUCAGAAUUAUGAUCUCAUCCUUAUGCCACACCCAACCAUGUUUGGAUCCCCCUCCACGUUGGCACACACUUUCACUUUCAAUUUUCGCUGCCUACAUCUCUGGUAAAUUGGAUUUCUUGGCACUGAGUGUGAAUGAUGUGUCAGAGAUUUGAGGAUUAAAGGCUCCUAUUCAGGAUGAUUAGGAGGCAGAGUUGGAUGUAAUUCUAGGAUUCUGGCUUCUGUCAGAAUCCGUUAUUUUUUGGCAAUGCCAGUGGGACGAGUGGUGUCGAAUGCUGAACAACCGUACAGACACAUGAAAAAUACAACUUAAAAUGUGCUGAAGGGGAAAUCGAACCAUAUGGCUGCGACGACAUGCUUUUGGCCCGAUUCGAUAUUUCCCUGAAACAUGGGUCAAUUUCAGUGAUUCACGUUUAUAUUAUGAUUCUUUGUCUGAUCAGAUAUAAAUUUUCAAAUAAAUAAUCAUCAUUUGUCUAUUUAUAAAGAGAUGCACUCUUUUAUAACUGUACAAAGCAGUUUACGUGCUACAACAAGGCGCCAGAACAGGUUCUGACAGUAAUAUUUCGAGGGCUAAAUUGUUUCAGAGCGCCUGCGUUAUCGCCAACCAAAGUGCUGAUGCGGCAGGAGAGAGUCUCCGUGGGAGCUGGAUUAAAUAACCGAUAUCCAACUACUUUCCCCCUGCAGUUUUACAGCCCAGGACAAGCAUCCAUCACGUAGAUGAUGUUAUUGCAUUGUCUACAAUCUUCCAGAGCUACACUGGGAUGCGGUUUGCAGAGAGCGCUAACAUGUUAGCACAGCGCGUCCACUUCUCUUGUGACUGGUGUAAAACUCUGGCAAAAGAGGCUCUCGUCAAACCACAAUUCCCGUUUGUCUAAUCUUUCUAGCCAAGUGACUUUAUAUGUAUCUAUAUUAUGAAUGCAGUUCGCGGUGCGAUCGUGAAAUGCUAGCAUCGUUCUUAGGAAAGAGCACAAUGUAAGAAUGAGGUUUGAACAGAGGAGAAGUCAACAAGACGCAACUGGGGCUCUUCGAAAAUGAGGUUAAAUAGUAAAGACCGUCGACAGGUUUAAUAGCAGGCACGAGAGUUUGAUGCUGGGUAUAUGGCGUAACAUGAAGGCAGCGCUAGACGCCAUUAAUGGUGAUCAGGAGAGAAGGUUAAGUGGAGGAAAGUCAAUUCUGGGGUGCUUUGGUUUCUUGUUGAAGUGGUCUGUGUUGUGAAGAGGACACAUUAAUGAGUACUUUUCACAGCUGCAUAAUAAGCCAACUGAAUAAUAAUGGAACGCCACAUCAAUAGCAGUGGCACCAAAACGCUCAGAUCAAACCGCCGCUGCUCCAGCUCUUGACCUAGUUCACCAUAUAAAUAGUAACCACUGAUUCACUUACACCAGAUACAUUGAGAAAUAUAUUUUUCAUUGUGUUCACCUGGACUGUUUGUUGGAAAUGAUUAUAGAAGGGCGGUGCUGCUGCUCACGUCUCAAGCAAAUAACUUUGUGAUGUCAUCAAACUGUCAGAAAAGGGAAGCUCGACUGUUGAGGAAUAAAGAUGUCUCAUCCAAUCGGCCAUUUCUCGAUCCUAUUUGUUUCAAUAGAAAGAAGAGAGGUCAUGAUUCGUCAUCAUUCCAGGAAACUGCUGUGAAUUCAGCGUAAGGAAGUCGCUAUUCUGCCAUUGCAAGUUGGAAACAAAAAGUGGCAUGAACAUCAGCAAGAGUUGUGCUUGCAAUGCAUGUUCCAAAUUUGCCUUUUGCUGUUGAAGAUAGAUGAUGAAAUAAAGUUGUGUGCUGAGAGCAUUUGACGGCAAGGUGCCUUGGACAGGUCGCUCAAGUGGAUGGAUGUGCUGCAAGUGAAGUUACAGGUGCAGGCACUAACACAACUUGGUCACAACCCAAAUCAGUGAUUCUGUAGUUUCUAUGUCCAUAUUGAGCUUGCAGUGCUUUA